AUGGCUGCGCCGCGCCGCCCCGCACGGCCCCUCCGGCCUUCUGCGCCCUUCGACGGUCAGGUCGGUCCCGCCGCUGCCCGGCAGCCCGACCCUCCGUCGGGCGGCGCCGCACGAGACUUUAAGACGGCCUCCCACUCGCGCCGCCUGCCACACCUGCCCGGCGGCCCGUGCCCACAAGACGCUUCCAGCCGGCCCGCGCUGCGCCGCUCGCCCAGCCGCCCGCCUGCGCUCGGGAGUCGGCCCCGGGGACGCCGCCAAGGACCGCCUGAGAAGAAGGACUACGCCCCCCACAAUGCACCGCGCCACGCGGUGCUCACUUCCGGAGAAGGGAGCGAGAACUACGAUUCCCGUGAGGCUGUGCGGCCUUUGUCGCGAGAGUUAUCUAAACCUGGGUGGCGGGAAGGCGGCGGCGGCGGCGUCAGCUGCCUGGACAGUUGGACGGCUAGUCGGUGUGAGAGGAUGGCUGACAGCUACAGUCCGAACAGCGAGCCUACGACGCGCACUCUGCUGCGGCGCGUGUUGGAUACAGCCGACUCGCGCUCCCCGCGGCGUCGCUCGAGUGUUCGGGCUGGGACCCAGAGAACCCUGCCUAAAACCCCUUUGUCUUGGAGGCUGCGCAGCCAAACCAAACCAACAACCAAAAGACGCUCCCAUGGAACUAAGUCCGUGGGCAGGCCAGUUCAUAGCCAAGCCAGGAGACACCUGGAGGAACAGACACCCCGGACUCUGUUCCAGAAUAUCUUGCGGACAGCCCCAGAAUCCUCUAUCCUGAAGCCAGAGUCAACAGGGAAGCCUGUGCCGGCACCCACAGCCGCCCAGCCCUCAAGACGGGAAAGCAGUCGGGGCAGCCUGGAACUGCAACUUCCGGAGCUUGAGCCCUCUACCAGUCCGGCUCCGGCUCUGCUGGCUCCUGGCAGGAGGAAGCAAAGGGUGCGGCUGUCCAUGUUUGAACGACAAGUGGACCAAGGUCAGCCUGUUGCCCAAGAGCCUCAGGAGACUGCAGAUGCGUCCUCCCUCACCAGCUCCCUGAACCUGACCUUUGCCACCCCUCUUCAGCCGCAGUCUGUGAAGAGACCGGGCCUCGCCCGCAAGCCUCCGCCACGCCGUGCUGUGGAUGUGGGGCUCCUUUUGCAGGAUCUGCAAGAUGCCUCCUUUGCUCCUACAGGUAACAGCCUCAGAACCUCUGUGACCACUGUGCCGACAGACAUUGUGUUGGAGGACACCCAACCCUUCUCCCAGCCCUUGGCUGGCCAUUCCCCUGGUGUGCCUCACUUCCUUCCCCAUCCCUCUCACAAUGAGAAUGAAGAUGCUGAGAGGACUACGUCCCACCGGACACAGAGCAGUCGGCUCGGGCUGCAGAGUGAUGAACUUCAGCCUUGGCCUGCUGCUACUCCAGAGGUGACAGAAGCAGUGGGAUCCCAAGAUGCAGCAGAAGCCGAGGAGCUGGAUGUGUCUUCAGGAGAGGAGGACCCCUCCAAUAGCACAGCAGGUCCAGAGAUGGCCUCCAGCAGUCCCAGGUCUUUCCAAGCUGAGCAGCCUCCUCGGUUUGCUGAGCCACCGCGACUGCCUGAUGAGCCAGCAAAGCUUGCCUUUGAAUCAGGGCCUUUGCAGACAGCAUUUCAGCCAGCUCUAUCCACUCCUGCUCCCAGCAGACCUUCCCAGGCUGUGCCAGCCAGGCCUCCUCCCAGGCUCCGAGCUGCUGGCCACAGGCCCCGUCCAGAUCCAUACAAGACUGGAUUGAAACAUUACAUAAAACUCUUCAACUUCUACGCUAAGAUGCCCAUGGAGAAGGCAGCCCUUGGAAUGGUAGAGAAAUGCCUAGACAAAUAUUUUCAGCACCUCUGCGAUGACCUGGAGGUAUUUGCUGCUCAUGCUGGCCGCAAGACGGUGAAGCCAGAGGAUUUGGAGCUGCUGAUGCGACGGCAGGGCCUGGUCACUGACCGAGUCUCACUGCACGUGCUUGUGGAGCGGCACCUGCCGCUGGAGUACCGGCAGCUGCUCAUCCCCUGUGCAUUCAGUGGCAAUUCUGUCUUCCCAGCCCAGUAG